CAGAGAUGGACAAGAAGCGUAAGGAACCUCGUAAGGAUAAGGAACCUGCUAAGCCAACACACGAGACCAGAAAUCGUAAUCGUGUGAAGACAGCAGAGAUGGACAAGAAACGUAAGGAACCUUGUAAGGACAAGGAACCUGCUGAACCAACGAGCGAGAAUAGUAACUGCAACACAGCAGAGAUGGACAAGAAGCGUAAAGAACCUUAUGAUGAUAAGGAACCUGUUGAGCCAGGGAACGAGAACAGCAACCGUAAUCUCAGAUCCUCUUUGCAUUCUGUGCAUUCAGCGGAAGUCAGACCGAAACGUGUUACGUUUGAGACUGAUGUCUUGAAGACAGACCUGGAAACGAAGUACCUGUCUGUUUACAAAGAUUUGAAAUGUUUGCGACUUUGUGGAGUAUUCGAUUACCUUGCUGGACAUUUCAAAGAUGCAGACAUGGAAAAAUAUUUGCUGCACGACAGAUUUGCUACCGACUUGCCAGAAAUGCAAACACUAGCUGUUUAUAAUAAUGGUCGAUACGUCUAUUGGAGAGACGAACCUAACGCUGAGAAACCGCUUAUUGUUCAUGUGGACAACGCCGAACAUUUUCCAAAAUGCAUUAUCAUUGGUGCUGUUGAUCCCUUCUACAUGAUUGCACAUCUGGUCGGGAAUACUUUGCCAGCUAAAUACCGAAGCUUUUUCUCUAAAGACUGGAUUGAACGCUAUAAAAUGUACACUGCCGACGUGAAAAUGAUUAUUAAAUCACGCAAGAAGGAGACUGUUGGUCUUCCGUUUCAUGGUAUGGGAAUAUACGUUCAUAUUGUUAACGAUGUUGGAUAUAGACCAUUACAGGAAAGGACAGGAAAACUGAAGGAACUGAUAAAUUUGGUGGCUACCACAAGCAAUGAAGAUGUAAAACAGGAAAAACUUUCGAAAAUAAUGGAAAUCAUCAGCUGUAUUCAGUUUGCAAAUGACGAGAGGGAUUUUGGAAUGGGUUUAGAAUUCGGGCACGAUUUAUUUUGGUCCAAUCACGGUUUCUUCGACAAGAUGGCGGAAAAACUUUUGACGAUGGCUUACAAGUUGCUGAAUCGUGAAGCAUUUGCUCGCAUUUUAGAGGAUUUGUUUGGUCUAACAAGCAAUGUUUAUACCAUGGUGACAUCCGUGUCAGCGGCUCACCAUCAGUUUGUAGUUCGAGCCCCAUUCAUGCUGCGUUUGCCACCAUGA